UGGAAAAGUUUAUAAUAGCUUAGUGGAUGACAUGGUCAGCCAUAACCUUGCCAUGAGAUCCGUUCUUGAAAAUGCAGAACUCCUAGUUUUCACUCUAAUGUUCUGCCGUUCCAGUUUUGGAGGUUUGAGUCGAGUAGUUUUAUUGUGGGGAGUGUUUAGGGGAAAGCAAGCGUCACGUGUACAGGCAACAGAAUUCGCGCAUGCAAUAACGUGGUACCCACAGAGCCCUGUUAGUCCUUUGAGCCACAGUGAGAAGAAUGGCAUCAAUAGAGUGGAAAGAAGCUGCAGAGCAUAGACUGUAUUGGCUCUUGGCUAAAGCAGAGGUUCGUCAAGGUGAAAUUAGUCCAUGUGGUCAACUUGAGCUGUUGUUUUCGAAUUCCCUGCAGGGUAGGCAAGCCAGGACAGAGGUCAUUGAAGCUAAGAUUGAUCAUCAAACCCAGAUGGACAUGAUUAUGAAUGCAUUACCUGAUUCCUUUGCUCAAUUCAAAAUCAAUUAUGAAUUGAAUAAGAAGGAAUAUAACUCGACUGGGUUGAUGAAUGACCUCCAAGUAGCUAAGAAAAUUCUUCUUAAGGAAAAGCAUGAUGAAUCUAACAUAGUUGAGGCUGCUUUUUUGGGUUAUGCUCCCAAGUCCUUUAAGAAAGUCAAACGGAAAAGGCAGAAGGGUAAGAAGGAAAAUCUUGCCCCUUGGAAGAAGAACACCAAGAAAGAAGCCAAACCGAAAGGUAAAUGCUUUCAUUGUGGAGUGUUGGGCCAUUGGAAGAGGAAUUGCCAAGUUUACCUAGCUCAAAAGAAGUCUGAUAAAGGGGUUCCAAGAGACCAGAAAUUAGAACGAAGGGAAGCUUAACUUGCGAUAGGGUACCAAGCCCAUGGUGUCAACACAUGCAGUGGGAGAUGUGUAUUUUUAUUUUGAAUGUUUUAGGGUUUUAGUUUGAAAGAGUGUUUUUUUUUUUUUUUUUUUUGUAGAAGAAUUAUUUUGUAGAAUCUGUAUCUAUAUGAUUUUAUGCAGGAAUGGACCCAUAUAGUGUAUCAACCCCACCCCACUAAAAAGUCUUUUAUUAAAUCAAACUAAU